AUGUGCCCACUCUGGAGGCUCCUCAUCCUCCUUGGAUUACUGGCCUUGCCCUCAACACUGAACAAGCAGCCACAGCCUGGCCUGGCCAAAGCCCACAUAGACAGCAAACCUACCCUGGCCAGAAUUAUUGCCCAGGGCCUCAUAAAGUACAAUGUAGAAAGCCGAAUCCAGAACAUCCACCUUUUGGACAGUCUAAAUGCCCCAGGGCCACCUGCCCCAGUGGUGGGUUGGCUAAUUGGUAGCAGGAAACUCCAGCAGAAGCAAGACAUCAGCAUCAACAUCACCAACUUUCAGCUGGACUAUGGUGGGAUCCAGAUGUCUUUCCAUAAGGAACGGAUCUCUGCAAACAUCUCGCUUGAAUUUGACAUUGACUUGAGACCGGCUUUAAAUAACAUCAUAAACAUGCACGUACACAUGUACCUCAUCGUGGUGUUCUGGCUGGAGAAAGACGAGUUUGGCCGAGGAGAUCUGGUGAUAGGCAAAUGCCACACAGAGCCCAGCAGUGUCUUCGUGACCAUCGUCACUGACAUUCCACCAAAGAUGAGGCAUAUGCUCUUCAGCCUCAAAGAGAAACUGAGAAAAAUUAUCCCACACCUGGUAGAAGGUCAGGUAUGUCCUCUGAUUUGUGAAAUCCUUGGGCAGUUGGAUGUGAAACUGUUGAAAAGCCUCAUGAGUGAGUGUCUGGUCCAUUCAAGGAAGACUCUUCAGAAUUGGAAAGUGGCUAAAAGAGGCCACCCUUGGAUCCCCUGUAUAAAGAUCACUGAUCCUCAGCUGCUGAAAUAUGUCUUUGUGCAGAACCGUGAUGGCCAUCGUCUUCAUAUCACCAUCCCUCUCAGCAUGAACCUCCAUGUGAGUACCUGA